AUUUACCUUUGUUUCAGGUUAUACACCAGGGACCCCAUAUAAAGUAUCUUGUUCACCCACUAGUGGAGCAGUGCCACCAUAUUCUUCAUCACCGAAUCCCUAUCAGACUGCUGUGUACCCAGUUCGAAGUGCCUAUCCACAGCAGAAUCCAUAUGCACAGCAAGGCACUUAUUACACACAGCCUUUAUAUGCAGCACCACCCCACGUAAUUCACCACACCACAGUUGUGCAGCCUAACGGCAUGCCAGCAACCAUGUAUCCCGCUCCGAUUCCGCCACCAAGAGGAAACGGUGUGACUAUGGGGAUGGUGGCUGGGACUACUAUGGCAAUGUCAGCAGGUACUUUGUUGACGACUCAUUCCCCAACUCCAGUAGCCCCUCAUCCAGUCACUAUGCCCACAUAUCGGGCUCCAGGAACACCAACCUAUAGUUAUGUGCCCCCACAGUGGUGAUCAUCCUGGCAGUCAUUGUUUGAAGAUGGGAGAUAUGCAAUCAAGAAAUUGAGGUUUAAAAGUUGGUGCUGAAGCCCUCAUGCCUCCAACCAGGACUUUUCUUCUGAAUGCUUUCAACACUUGGCUAAACACUACUAAUUCCUGAUCACUGAAGAUUUUCCAGUGCUGCAUAUCUUACAUCUUGGAACUCCAGCAGUUAGUCUUAAAGCAAAUCCUGUUUUGUGGACUGUCUUGCAAUUUUUUAGCUAAUUAUAACGAUAAAAAGGGAGUAUAAAUUUAUUCUGAUCCAUAUCUAGUUGAAUGCAUGUUAAAACACAAAAACAAAGCUUGCUCAAUCUACCUGCAGUGACUGAUGCAAAAACCAUCAUAUGCAAAUCCAAAGGAACCGAAAAGUAUUUUACAACUUGUAUCACUAAUGCACUGUUGUAUGCAGGGUCUUACGGUAGAAUCAUGAAAGUGAGUUUCGUUAUAGAAUACCAUAAUAUACAUUAGAGAAGUGCUUCAGCCUUUUUCAGGUUGAUGGAGUUGCCAGCUUAAAAGGGGCAUAUUUUUAUUUAAGUGAUGUAUUCUUUUCAAAUUCAACUACUAAAUUGGAGUGACUGGAAAAUGAGUCAGGUGAGCUGUAGAAAUCCCGCACACAAUUAGUUUCCUUCAUACCUUUUCAUUUUCAUUACAUGGAUUCAGUGUUAUACAGAUGUUCUUAAGGAUCAGAAUG